CCCGGUAUCGUCUUCCUUUCAUCACCAUUGACUUUGCAACUCCGAAGGUGUUGGUCUUUUGCUCCGCCCGGCGGAAGGCCUGAAGCCAGGCAUGGCGUCUUCCGGGGCCAGCCACGAUGCUACGUCUCAAAGCAGCCACCAUGGCGACGACGCACAGAAGCAAAUCCCAGAUGAAGAAGCCCAUACAAGCGACGAGCACCAGGCUCAGGCCCUUGCCAAUUCGCCGCGCCUCAAGCAUUUGACGGAUUCACAAGACCCGUCAUUGCCAUCUCAAGGACCGCCACUCCAGCACCCACAGCUGUACGACAUACAUGUACUAGCAGAACCAUACUCAUCGGAAGCUCAGAGCUCUCCGCAUCGAGUCAUACCAAUUCAGCGCGACCAAGACAACAGCACACAUGCUUCGGAAUUGAUCAGGCCUUACGAUCCCCUCAACGGUUGCCCAUGGUCGCCGGACCCAGAACCCGUGCUGUGCAAAUCUCCUGGAGCUGAAGUCAGAGAUGGCAUCUGUCCGAUCCAAUUGUAUGACGUGCCAGCUGAAGGAUCGUACAAGGUUUCUCCACCACCGAUACCUCCUCGUCGAUCCUCCUCGGGUCUGCAUAUGCCUUCACUUCUGAGCAGGAGCCGCACUCGCUCAGUCCCCUCUAUGAGCUCUCUCACACGUCCAGGAUUCGGCAGCAGGAGACACACCGGUCCUUUGUCCAGCUCAAGUGGUCUGGAUGUCAUCCCAGAGGCUCGGACCUCCAUCUCUGAUCAGGAGGAUCCGCCACAGGUAGCUGCUUCGAGGAGGCCUUCCUCUCCAGAGCGUUCUCGCUCCCCUCUUGUCCCACGCGACUCCCAGUCCCGACAGAGCAAUCAUCGAGAAACUGUUGCAAUGCUCUCACGUGCGUCUGCCCCCUCUCUCAGCGUCUGCGAGAUGUUCGACGUUAAUCCAGCUCGCGAUGGCGCUCAAAGCACGACCUCAGCUACCGCCUCAACUUCUUCCCUUGCACCUGUCAUCGGCCAAAUUUCUGGGCUCGAUGAACAGCGCCCGCUUCAGUGGUUCCUCGAUGAUAUUUCAAUCAGCUGCGACUCUCCUGCAGAUUCACCAUCACUAGGCAGGCACUUCACCGAUGAAGAAGCACGCAUCUCUGCAUCUGCCACCCCGAUGGACAACCGAAGUGAAGUGCGUCAAGAGAUCACAUCACGACCACUGCCCACUGAGGAACCUCCGCGGAUCGAAGCUAGUGCUGGACCAUCCCACUCUCCCAAGACCCAGUCUCGAACAAAGGAGCUACUCAGGUCUGUCAAGAGCAAGUUGUUUCUCGUUGGCGAGGAUAGCACCUGGCUCAGGCGCCGAACGAGGUCGACUCCAUACGUUCUAGCCAAGCCUGCAGAGGUUGUUCGACGCCAGCUAUCACCCAUAUCCAGUACUGUUCGGGGAGGUCGCUUUUCGCCUCCCUCUCCGGUACCUUCUUUGCCUCUCAGCCCAAGUACCUCUUCAUCUCUACACACUACGGAUUCCGAGAGACUCGUAGGCUGGAGCAGAUCCGAUCUCAAUGCCAUUUUCCUUGCUGCUGGAGACGUACAGAAUGUUACAGCUGGCGACAUUGGCCCCGUCAUCUGCCCUGAUGCUCUCGGUGUUUUGACGGUGCGCAACCCUGACGCAUCACAAGAAGAGGUACCGCCCGUACCCGUGGUCGCUCGAGGACCGUCCUCUCGUUCGACACAAGGACUGGGCAUCGAAGCCGAGUCGGCGGACAGACCAAGAAGAAGCAGAUCCACCUGCGCUCCCGGACGACCAGCGGGUCGAAUAGUGACGCCCUACGCCUCAGAGCGGAGCCUCAGUGACUCUGCGUUUCGCCAUCCUUCCGUCACGUCCAUCGCUACUUCGUACCCGUCUUUCAGCUCCCUCGCUCCAAGCCAUCGGUCUGCAUCGAUCUCUGGACCUCUCCCACCUCAAAGACCACCUCGUGACCGUCGUCGAAGGAGGACUGACCAGGCGAAAGCGAGCCAGCCGGCUGAGCCGAUGCGAUCCCGCACUGUGAAUCUGCCCGUCACUAGUGUCGACGCUUCCGUCGCUCAGGAACCACCGAUCAGCCCUUCUCAUUCCGCUUCGUUCGCGUCAGUCAAGUGCCGAGAUGGUCACGCCGACAAGACCGAAAUGGCUUUGAGCAACAAAGACCGUCCACAGGCACAUGAAGCGGUUCAGGACACAGCGCUCCUGAAUCUGUUGCCAUCGGGAGAGCUUACGCCACUCCGCAAGCCCUCGCUGGACUCGUUCGUCUCCGCUUCACUGACGUCCUCGCCUCAGACUACUGCCGGCGUAGAAGAGAAGAUCGGAAGUGCAGGCAGAGUCGCCAAGAAAGCUGCUGACACCAGUCAGGGUGUUCCCUUUCCCACUGGAUCUAGGCCACCUUCAGAGAUUGCAAGUCCUGGACCACAAGACGAUGAUGAUCAGGGCAAACCAUCAAGUCCUUCUGACCCUGCUGAAGGCAAGACAACCUGGCAUCCCAGUGAUGACGAGCCCGCCAAAGUCAUGUCUGGCUCUCCAGCACCUGCCGCCCUCGGCUACGCCGUUCCUCAAGUUGCUGCACCCGCAGAGCCCGUCCUCACUCGCCGCGAGCAGAAGCAGCGAGCCAGGGACCCUCUGCCUCCCCUAAGCUCCCUGCGACCCUUUGUCUUUUCCGAGUCCUCUGGCGAGAUCACCUGGCCGAAAGCACCCAGCUCUACUCUCCAAGGCGGCAUGCAAGCCUCUCGCGACGCGCUUCAAGCGGCAGAAGCGGCUCGCAACGGCUCGCAGGAGGAGCGCUUCUUUGGUUCCGCCGAGGCAGUCGCCGCUAUGCGUUCCUUCUCACAGGCCUCGUCACUGUCCCUAGGUACCGCGGCGUCGGAGCGAGACUCGUGGAGGGACGCUGUUACCCACUUGAGCCCUUCUGGUAGCGUACUGGACCAUAGCGGAAGCGGUGCGGACAGUCUACAGGUGAACCGCAAUGGCAGCUCUGUACGAUCUGAGGGCGCAGGUAGCGACGGGACGCUUUCUGCUCGCGAGAAGAGGACUGAGUCUCCACGCGAGUACGCCCAGCAGCAAGAAGAAAAGGUUCCAGUCGGACGAAUGGAGCGCCUUAGUACAGGUACCUUUGGGAUUGGUGUCCUCUCUGAGCUAGAGCUCCCUACGGCUGACACGGUUCAACCAAAAGGCCCGGCCAAAGGCAAAGCCAAGGGCAAGAGCAGUUCCAGCCGUCCGGCAACGACGACGAGUACAAUUGGCUACCAGAAGAGCGACAUUGAAGCGUGGCGUCUGGCUUCGGAAAUAGUUGCCGCUGCUUCUGCCUCUCCCGGUGGUGGUGCUGGUGCCGCUGGCUCUACUUCCUUGUCCACCGCACCUUCCAACUCUACUUCCCUCUCGAUCUCAAACCCGAUCUCGAUCUCAAAUUCAGCAGCCGACCUCUCCAGUGGCGCCCUCUCCACCUCUAUUUCCAACUCCACAUCGAUUGACACUUCCCCUUCCACUUCCAUUUCCACCGCAAGUAUGUCCACAUCAAUGUCGAGGUCGAGGUCGACGGCUCGAUCUUCCGUCCCCUCUAGCGCGAGCUCAAGACCGGCCACGGCGCCUUUUCGAUUGCAGGGAAUCGUGGCGUCGCUUCGCGUCUAGACUUUG